AUGGAUGAAUCAGAUGUCAGUACAUCAGGAAGCAAUAGAUUGAAAGCCUACAAGUACAAAGGGAGAGAUGUGGAGUUGUUGAGGAGAGGAAGAGAAGAGGAAGGACUCCAACUCAGAAAACAGAAGAAAGAUCAGUUGAUUUUCAAGAAACGUAAUGUAGACAUCGUACCUGAGGACAACAUUUCUCCUGUUCAAGAGGCACACAUCACUUCCAACUUCACAAACACGAUAACAGAAGACAUGUUGAAGUUGUUGUUCAGUGAAGACCAAGAACAACAACUGGAUGCUACGCAAAAGUUUCGGAAAUUAUUAUCAAAAGAGCCCAACCCACCGAUUGAUACGGUCAUCGGGGCAGGUAUCGUACCGAGGUUUGUCCAACUACUACAAACACACAACAACUCUGCAUUACAGUUCGAAGCGGCCUGGGCCCUCACGAACAUAGCAUCAGGUUCGUCCAAUCAGACAAGAGCGGUCAUCGAAAGUGGGGCUGUACCUGUAUUCAUCCAAUUGUUAAACUCUCCACAUGAAGACGUACAAGAACAGGCGGUGUGGGCUCUCGGGAACGUAGCAGGAGACAGUCCAGAAUGUAGGGAUUAUGUUAUCAUGGAGGGAAUUCUAUAUCACUUGUUGCACUUGCUUGGCACGACGACAAAAAUGUCGAUGUUACGAAAUGCAGUUUGGUGUCUGUCCAAUCUCUGCAGAGGAAAAAACCCGCCCCCUGACUUCACUAAGGUGUCCACGGCCCUACCACUGCUCGCUCGACUACUCUUCAACACCGACCACGAUGUACUGGCUGAUGCUUGCUGGGCCCUCUCCUAUCUGUCCGACGGACCCAACGAAAAGAUACAGGCAGUCAUCGAGGCGGGUGUCGUCAGAAGAUUGGUCGAGCUACUUGCUCACACAUCGCAAGGAGUGGUCAGUGCAGCUCUGAGAGCAGUGGGCAACAUUGUGACGGGCGACGACGUGCAGACCCAACUCGUCCUCAACUGUUCGGUCCUGCCCUCGCUCAUCCACCUGCUUGGCUCCAGCAAGGAAAGCAUCAGGAAGGAGGUCUGCUGGACCAUCAGCAACAUCACUGCUGGCAAUCGAAAUCAAAUACAGGCUGUAAUUGAGGCCAAUAUCUUUCCUAUCCUCAUCCAAAUCAUGAGCAAGGCAGAGUUUAAAACCCGCAAGGAGGCUGCAUGGGCCAUAACGAACGCAGCAUCCGGAGGCUCCUUCGAGCAGAUCCAAUACCUCGUCAACCUCGGAUGCAUCCCUCCCCUCUGCGAUCUGCUCGGCGUCGUCGAUACCAAGAUCAUUCAGCUGGCACUCAACGGUCUGGAGCACAUAUUGAAGGCAGGCGACCUGGAGGCCAAGCAGAGAGGUACAACUCACGUCUACCCCGUCCUCAUCGAGGAAUGCUACGGCUUGGACAAAAUAGAAUUCCUACAGAACCACGAGAAUCAGGAGAUCUACCUGAAAGCCUUCACCAUGAUCGAGCGAUACUUCGGCAGCGAAGACGACGACCCCAACGUGGCACAACCCCACUUCGACAUCCACGAGAACCAGUUUCAUUUUAUGGCCCCUGACAACUUAGCUGCUACUACUACUACUAUUUUAGUUAUCCUAGCUAUCAAGACCACCACUAAAUUAGGUUUCACCACAGUACAGUGA